GUUAAGCAGCACACUUUGGAAACUGCUUUUUUGUGCCGAAAUGGAGGGAAUCCGUGCUCUGUUGUUUGUUUUGUUCCUUCCUGCUGCUGUUUCAGCAGGUUCUCACUCUUUGGCCAUGGUCAUAACUUACAUUAAAGGAGAGACGCCGUUUCCAGAACUUAGUUUGACAUUGAUGUUGGAUGAUCUCACAAUUGGAUACUUUGACUCUAAGAUGAAGACUCUUUUUCCUCGAGGUCUUGUUAAGGAGCAGGAAGACGAUGGUGUGAUCGACCCAGAUCAUGUCAAGACCAUAAGUUCCUUUCUGCUUGCUGACUUAAACCGCAGACAUCUAUUCAUAAGUAAUGAGUUAAAUUAUACUGAAAGUAUUCAAGUACAACAGAAACUGGUGGCGUGUGAACUGUUGGACAAUGACCAGCCUGGACCACUGAUCACCAAGAAUGCAAUCAGAGGCACCACGAGAGAUGAAAUGAGUUUUCAUGAACACAAAUUAACAUAUAAAAAUGUUUUCAAUUAUACGGCAGAAAGACUGAAACCACUUUUGGAGUUAACUCGGUGGCGUCAUGAACAUAUUUACUAUCCAGUGUGCAUUAAAACCCUCAGAGAAUAUCUGAAGAAGAGAAUGAAUCAGGUGAAGAGGAAAGUGAAGCCCAGAGUGAGGCUGAUCCAGAAACGUCACUCAGUGUCUGGGUGGGAUGGGGUGACCUGCCUGGCCACUGGUUUCUACCCCCGUCACAUCAACCUGACCAUCCUCAGAGACGGACAGCCAGUUCCUGACCACCUGAUCACUGGAGGAGACCUGCUGCCCAACGUAGACGGGACCUACCAGAUGAAGAAGAACCUGGAGCUCAGUGAAGAGGAGCUGAAGAAGCACAGCUACACUUGUACAGUCACCCACCUCAGCCUGGACAACAAGCUAGACAUCCAUUUGGAUUUUGAUCCAGGGGAGCCCAUCGGGCCCAUUCUUGGCUCUGUGUUUGCAGCUCUGGUCUUGGUGUGUGUGACGGUGGCCGUCAUCUGGAUGAUAUGCAGGAGAAAGCAAAGAGCUUCAUCUAUGGGAGGAUAUUCGUCAGCUUCCACCACAGAAAAAAGUGAGACUUCACUGGAUACUACAAAAAAGCUAAGACAAAGACUUAAACGAAGACCGAGGGCUCCUAUUAAGGAAACAAAAACAAAAAAUGUUCAGUUUUCUCUGUGAAAGACAUGUCUGUAAGGACUGUGUAGUAUGUGCGAUUAAUUGAUUGUAUAAAGAACUGUGAAUGUUUAAAUAUUUGAAAGACUUUGCAUUGUGGUUUGGUUCUGCCUUCUACAGUGUGGGGUUCAAUCCUCGCCUGGGUAAACACUAUACAAUACAUUAUACCUAUACUAUACCAAUAAGAGUCCUUGGGCAAGACUCCUAACACUACCUUCACCUACCUGUGUAAACUGAUCAAAUUGUAAGUCACUCUGGGUAAGAGUGUCUGCCAAAAUGCCAUAAAUGCAUUGUCUUUUUUGAUGAA